AAUGUCAUGACACUUGGUUUCAUAAAUACACUCCAAACUCAGUCUGAGGAGGAAUGUUCUUUCUAGACCUAAUGCUGUUGCCUUUUCUUUUGCUUUUAGGAGCUUAUUUAAUGAAAAGUGCCAAAGACUGAAAAACCAAACAUGAGGGUAGCAGGUGCUGCAAAGCUGGUGGUAGCUGUGGCAGUAUUUUUACUGACGUUUUAUGUUAUUUCUCAAGUAUUUGAAAUAAAAAUGGAUGCAAGUUUAGGAAAUCUAUUUGGUAAGUUCCAUUUUUUUUACCCUAUUUUAAAUCUUGUUUUUGAUGUGAAUGUCUCGUUACCACUUAUCAACAUUGAGUCACGCUGUGUAGUCUGUCUAGAAAAGAAAAUACUCAAUGAUGAGGCGCGGCGGCUCAUUGCGGAGUUGGGGAGCACAUCUAUUACCAAUCUGGGCUUUAGAGACAACUGGGUCUUCUGUGGUGGCAAAGGCAUUAAAACAAAAAGUCCUUUUGAACAGCACAUAAAGAACAAUAAGGACACGAACAAGUAUGAAGGCUGGCCGGAGGUGGUAGAAAUGGAAGGAUGCAUCCCCCAGAAGCAAGACUGAUGGGGAGAAGAUUCAAGGGCACGCGCUGGCACUGGCACUGAG